GGGCGGGCACCAGGCUCGGAGAAGCGGGAACCCUGUCCCCAGGGCUGGUGGCCAGGAGCCGGCUGAGACCCUAGGACGUGCUCAGGCCGCAGCGAGAGCGCGUGCGCCCCCACGACCACCCUUCAACCUCGCCCCCAGCCCCCGCUGCCCAGGCGCCCAGGAGGCUGGAGGGGCGUGGCUUUCUGGUGGGGGCGUGGCUAGCGCGCAGGCUCUGCUGGCUCGGGGCGACUGAGGCGGAGCGGGCAGGACGCCUGGGACGGCGGAGGCUCGAGCGCGCCAGGUCAGCCUCAGCUGUCUGCAGGCUGUUGGGGAGACUCGGUUCCCUGAGUGACAUCUGAGGAGCAACCGCAGAGGAUGGCCCAGGUCCUGCAUGUGCCCGCCCCAUUCCCAGGAACCCCUGGUCAGGCUUCGCCAGCGGCCUUCCCCGGCAAGGAGCCAGACCCGCCAUACUCAGUGGAGACGCCCUAUGGCUACCGCCUGGACCUGGACUUUCUGAAGUACGUGGAUGACAUCGAGAAGGGCCACACACUGCGCAGGGUGGCGGUGCAGCGCCGGCCGCGCCUGGGUUCCCUGCCACGGGGCCCGGGCUCCUGGUGGACAUCCACAGAGUCGCUGUGCUCUGACGCCAGUGGGGACAGCCGGCACUCGGCCUACUCCUACUGUGGCCGCGGCUUCUACCCACAGUACGGAGCCUUGGAGAGCCGCAGCGGCACCAACCCACGCGUGGAGCGCACGCUGCUGGAUGCGCGGCGCAGGCUGGAGGACCAGGCGGCUGCCCCGUCGUCCGGUGGCCUGGGCUCCCUGACACCCAGUGCCGCGGGCUCCACCAGCUCCCUGGCAGGCGUGGGCCUGCUGCCCCCCACGCCGCGCAGCUCGGGCCUGUCCACCCCGGUGGCACCCAGCGCUGGUCACCUGGCCCACGUGCGCGAACAGAUGGCCGGGGCCCUGCGCAAGCUGCGCCAGCUGGAGGAGCAGGUCAAGCUGAUCCCCGUGCUCCAGGUGAAGCUGUCGGUGCUGCAGGAGGAGAAGAGACAGCUCACGGUGCAGCUCAAGAGCCAGAAGUUUCUAGGUCACCCCUCAGGGACACGGAGCCGGAGCGAGCUCUGCCUGGACCUUCCCGAGGCCCCCGAUGACCCCGCUGCGCUAGAGACCCGUUCGGUGGGCACCUGGGUUCGAGAACGGGACUUGGGCAUCCCAGAUGGUGAAGCCGCUCUGGUAGCUAAAGUGGCCGUGUUGGAGACCCAGCUCAAAAAAGCCCUGCAGGAGCUGCAAGCCGCUCAGACCCAGCAGGCCGCCCUCCAGCCCCAGGCCUGGCCACCUCCAGACAGCCAGGUCCGCAUGGACACCGUGCGAGUGGUGGAAGGUCCCCGGGAAGUGGAGGUAGCAGCCAGCACGGCAGCCGGUGCCCUUGCACAGCGAGCCCAGAGUCUGGAACCCUACGGAGCAGGGCUGAAGGCCCUGGCCGCAUCGGGGGGACCAGAGAACACCCUCGUGUUCCGAAGUCACGAGGUGGUGGAGACCAUGUGUCCACAGCCGACCACCACCUCCAACAACACGCACACAGCCAAGAAGAUCAGCAUUACAGAACGGAGCUGCAUUGGUGCGGCCGGGAGGACAGAGCCUUCCUCCUCUAGUCCACGCCCUGCUGCAGUCUCCGAGAUACAGCCUGAGAGCCCUGCCCCAGCUGCCCAGGACACCACUGACAGGAAGCCCACCAGGCCAGCAGCAUCACAGGACUCACAAGCGGCUGAGGGGACAGACAGAACCUCCGUGGGGGUCCAGUCUACCAUGAAGAGGAAAGAGGACUCUGCAGACCCUGAAGUCCCCCAGAGGAACCUCCAGUUUGUGGGAGUCAAUGGCGGGUAUGAGUCCUCCUCGGAAGAUUCCAGCACAGCAGAAAACUCCGAACACGAGAGCACCGAGAACGAGGGGCCGGAGCCCCCGGCCAGGGUUCUGAGCACAGCUGGAUGCCCUCAGCCCAGGCCUCCGGGGCCUGCAGUGGCCAAGGCCAGUCUGGAGGGGCGCCAGCAUGCCCAGGAAUGCCAGCGCGUGCCUGCAGCUGAGGUGGCACCAGGACCCGACCCCGAGGAGGAAAUCCGGAUGGACCUGAGCCCUGACCUCAUAUCAGCCUGCUUGGCCCUGGAGAAAUACUUGGAUAACCCCAAUGCCCUCACGGAGCGAGAACUGAAAGUGGCCUACACCACGGUGCUUCAGGAGUGGCUGCGACUGGCCUGCCGCAGUGACGCGCACCCUGAGCUCGUGCGGCGACAUCUGGUCACCUUCAGGGCCAUGUCUGCCCGGCUGCUGGACUACGUGGUCAACAUCGCUGACAGCAAUGGUAACACUGCCCUGCACUACUCCGUGUCACACGCCAACUUCCCUGUGGUGCGGCAGCUGCUGGACAGCGGCGUCUGUCAGGUGGAUAAACUGAACCGUGCUGGCUACAGCCCUGUCAUGCUCACCGCCCUGGCCACUCUGAAGACCCAGGACGACAUUGAGACCGUCCUUCAGCUCUUCCGGCUUGGAAAUGUCAACGCCAAAGCCAGCCAGGCUGGACAGACGGCCCUGAUGCUGGCUGUCAGCCACGGGCGGGUGGACGUGGUGAAGGCGCUGCUGGCCUGUGAGGCGGAUGUCAACGCACAGGACGAGGACGGCUCCACGGCCCUGAUGUGUGCGUGUGAGCACGGACACAAGGAGAUCACCGGGCUCCUGCUGGCUGUGCCUAGCUGCGACAUCUCACUCACGGACCGCGACGGGAGCACAGCCCUGAUGGUGGCCCUGGACGCUGGGCAGAGCGAGAUCGCAUCGAUGCUGUACUCACGCAUGAACAUCAAGUGCUCCUUCGCUCCCAUGUCAGACUACGACAGUCCGGCUUCGUCUUCAGCUGAGGAGUGACUACAGGGAGGACCAGUGAAUCCCCCAGGACCCACCAGCCGCCCAGCAAACCUUCCGUCCUCCUCCCUCCUCCCUUUCUGCCUCGCCCUCCUUCAGGCCUGUUCACACCCCCUGCCCUUCCCUAAGGGAGCUCAGACAUCCUUCUAUCAGACUCCCGGCUCCAGGAGGGCUUUCCCAGCAGCCUGGGUUCAAACCCGUUCAAGUCUCCUCCCAGUUGGCACCAGUUGACGACUCCCUCCCGGGUGUGGGUUUCUUGUAAAGAUGUGGAGAACAAUCAGCCGGCAAUUAAGGGAGGAGUGGGGGCAAGCAGGAAAAUACUGUAUUCUUGAGUCAUUGUUAGGGGAUGGGAGGGGUCAGAAUUCAGUUGCUAAAUUUGAAUGUCACUGGAAUGUCACUGUGCCCUUUGUCCCCCCCUUCACUACAGCAGGUCUCCACAAAGCCCUUUGUCACCUCAUUUCAUUGUCUUUGUACAAUAGGGUCUGGUCCACUGCCCUCCACCUCCAGACAGCUUCUUUAGGGACAGGGAUGUCUCUUGUGAUUGCUUCACAAAAUAAGACUCUGCAAUCCCUCAGCUAUCUGCCUCCAGCCAGAACGCAGUGCUUUCAGUGUCACACACACACACACACACACACACACACACACACACGCACGGGGCUUGUCACCCUGCAGCUGAUGUUCUGGUGGGUCCUGUGACUUGGAAAUGACCAGCUUACAAGAAGUUAUGCCUCCCUCCCCAUUCCCACAGGGAGGGCUUGGGAGAGGAGAAUGCUCCUAGAAAAACUUUCAGACCUACAGACAAAAAAGAAAAAAGCCCAUUCCGGAGUGGCUCCCAGCACCGCAGCCCAGAACCUCCCUCCUCAGAGGAGAGUAAACAGAGGAUAUGAGGCUUACUGACCAAGUCGCGCGCUCGCUCGCUUGCUCCGAGGCCCAUGUGUUCCUGAUUAAGAGCUGGCUGGCCUCAGAACACUCCCAGAACUAGCUUAAAGUGACAGGCUUUGCUGAAAUCCAAAGGGACAAAUGAGUAGUUUUAUGUUUGUGUGUUUGUUUUUAAUGCCCCAGAGCUCCUGCUGGUGACAGGGCACAGACAGGCUGCGAUUUUUCUCUUCCUGGGUUUCCGUUCUGUUCCCAGAAGCUCAGCGUGGUUCAUGGAGGGGUUUUGUUGUUGUUUUUCCUUUGUUUCUUUUCUUCAUAAGAAAAAGGAAAACUUCUAAAUGUGCCUUGUGAUAGGGGAGGUCAUGUCCCCUCAGGUCUCCCUGUCUUAUCCAGGUCACAGCUGGACCCACUGGGCCUUGGAGCCAAACCUCAGCAGGGCAGCGUUGAGGCUCUUGGACUAAAGGAAAGUGUUUGCUUCUCUUCUAGACAAGUAGGUCUCUUGGUUUGAUGGAGUCUUACUCCGCUUGAGUUUUGUAGAAGGGACCUGUCUAAGGCAUAGAGGCUUGGUUGGCAUGAGAAGAGAAGAUGGACGGAUGGAUGGACAGACGGAUGGGUGGAUGGACUUAUGGGUGGAUGGUGGGUGGACAGAUAAAUGGAUGGAUGGAUGGGCGGAUGGGUGGACAGAUAGAUGAAUGGGUGGAUGGAUGGGUGGACAGAUAGAUGAAUGGGUGGAUGGGUGGACAGAUAGAUGAAUGGGUGGAUGGACGGAUGGGUAGAUGAAUGGACAGAUAGAUAAAUGGAUGGAUGGAUGGAUGGAUGGAUGGGUGGAUAGAUAGAUGAAUGGGUGGAUGGAUGAAUGGGUGGAUGGACGGAUGGACGGAUGGGUGGAUGGGUGGAUGGACGGAUGGGUAGAUGAAUGGGCAGAUAGAUAGAUGGAUGGAUGGAUGGAUGGAUGGAUGGAUGGACGGAUGAGCGGAUGGGUGGAUGGACGGAUGGGUGGAUGGAUGGGUGGGUGGAUGGAUGGAUGAGCAGAUGGGUGGAUGGACAGAUGGGUGGAUGGACGGAUGGGUGGAUGGAUGGGUGGGUGGGUGGAUGAGUGUGGGGGGUGGAUGAAUAAAUGAAUGUUGGAUGAGAAGCUGGGUGGGCUGGGGGAUGGAUAUCAUGAUGGAGUCUUUGCACGUGUAUAAAAGAGAAAACCAAACCACAGGACAGCUGCUGCUGUCUCCGGAUGCUCACAGCCUAGGACACAUGUGAAAGGCCAUGUGUGCUCUGAGCUGAGCCCUGAGUUCUAGCCUUGUAGCCAGAAAGGGAGUUUAUUUAAGGUUCUGGAAGCAUCAGCUAUGACCCCGAAGCACACGCUCCUCAGCAAAGCCCCUGUCUGUUUCUGCCACUGCUGUUUUCUGUGUCUGUGUGGGGGCCUCCAGGGCCAAACGCCGGUCUUUCCUCCCCUUCCCUGUAUACUGUGUUAUUUCUACUCUGUGACCACGGUACGUCCAUGAAGACAGUGUUACACGUAAAUGAAGUAUUCUUUUCUUGUAAUCAUGUUUUAGAAAGUAAAACGACUUAAUAAAGCUACAAAGCUGA